AAGACUUCAUUGCCAGCUGUAUGAUAAACAAGUCUAGGCAUGGAUGUAAAAUGCAGUUUAUCUGGUUGACAGAGACAUUCAAACACAAGGCAGUGUUUUUAUUGUGUUUUGUUUUUUUUAAUCUGUGGUUGAAGUAGGCUGUGCACUCACUGCAGUGCCAUGUUCAUUUCCCCUUGCAGUCGCUUUGCUUCUCUAAACAGCAGAAACCACGUUUGUGCUCGACAGCUGGGCUCUUUUUCUUUAAAGCUCAACAGUAUUUGCUUCCAGUGCCACACAAUGUUUCCAAAUACUUCUCUGCCCACCCACACACUCAAGUCUUCUAAGGAUGACCAGGCGGUGGACAUUGAUGCCAUCAUGGACAAUGUCAGCAUCAUCCUGUACACGCUGACUGUUGUACUCGGCAUCACAGGGAACUCUGUGGUGAUCUGGGUGGCUGGAUUCAAACUUAAGCCAAAGGUCACCAACGUGUGGCUGGUGAAUCUGGCGAUAGCAGACCUGAUCUUCUGCUUCACACGAGUUUUCUCUCUCACUAAGAAGCUCUUCUUUGAGCACUGGCCUUUCGGCCUCUUCGUCUGCAAGUUCAACGGCUUCUUCAAAUAUGCCAACAUGUUCUGCUCUGUCUUCCUGCUGGCUGUGAUCAGUCUGGAUCGAGUGCUCUGCAUCUGGCAGCCUGUCUUCACAAAGCGUCGACGCACGUUGUGGGUAGCGAGGAUGGUGGCAGUCUGCGUCUGGAUUGCAGCGAUCCUCUUCAGCAUCCCCUACUUCAUCCAUCGCCAAGUCUACAUAGGCAAGAAGAACCUGAGUAAGUGCUCUGUGGAUCCGAAGGAGAAGGCAGAGGGAUACAACAGCACUAAAGUUGCUCUCUACUCCAUCCGCUUCCUGUGCGGCUUCAUAUUUCCAUUCAUGGUGAUUCUGGUCUGUUACAUGCUGGCUGGGGUGGGAAUCCGACGCACCCGCCUGUCAGGGAAGUCCCGCCCCCUGCGUAUACUAGCAUGUUUGGUCAUUGCCUUCUUCCUGUGCUGGGCACCUUACCACUGCCUCCUACUGGUGAAGAUGGUGGACAAUAAUAAUGCAGUGGUGAAAAUCUGGUACCCUGUAGCAAAGGGUGUUGCCUACUUUAACAGCUGUGUGAACCCGUUGUUGUACUUCUGCAUGGGGCUAGAAGUAAGGGGGCGAUUCAGGCAGAGUCUGAUGGGUGUUUAUAAAAGAGCUCUGGCAGAUGAUGUUGACGGACAGACAACUCACUCCAACGAUCGCUCUUUGGACGAAACCUCGGUGUCAAAGCACAGCACUCUCAUAGUGGCAGGAUCGGGUCAGACAGCAGUGAGUGUUUAAGUUUAAGUCCCGCCCCAAUUGAUCCUGAAGCUUACAGGACAUAUUUCAACCUAUCACAGUAUCAUCAUUAUAUGAUUUGUACAAUGAUAAUGAAAUAAAUAGAAAGUCUUCACCUAUGAUUGGAUUGAUGUACAGUGGCUCCAUAAAAAAGGGGCUGUGAAGUGUUAGCAUCCACCUUAACCUGGAUUAGCUGGGUUGAUGUUUCAUGAGAGAGCAUAAGGACGUCUCAAACUGACACCUCUCUGUGAUAUCAAAGUACCACAAGAUUAUGGUUUUACUAUCCACAACAACGUAGAGACUAACAAAUAAAUAUAAAUAGGUAAGUUUAUGUGGAUAAAAUAAUUCAGCAAAACAGAAAAAUUGAUGUUUAGAUUAGACAAGAGGGUAGCGUGCUAAUAAUCAGCUAAUGCUAACAAGCUUGAAUAGCUAGGAUCAUACACUGACACAGAUGCCUGUCAGACAACUUGGACAGUUUCUUUUUUUCAUAUUUGUUUUUUAAAUGACAACAAAGAGAAGAAGGUCUACUGUUGUCCACUGAUAUGUAUAUUUCUUGUUAAUAACUGUAACAUUUAUGUAACUAAAGCCAUUACUAGCAAUCAACCACCAAUCAAAGGGUUAUUUAUCUAUUUCUCUAAAUUUCUAUCAGUAAAGUGUGAAAGUAAGGCGUGAAGUAUAAAGAUCUAAAACAUGACAAGUACUAGAAUAAUCUAAAUGCCACUCCUCUUUUGUUCUUUAGUUACACUCAAGGUUUUUCCACUAACAUAUACGCAUAAUAGCUGAUCUGUACCUAUAUGGUUUUGAGGAGGACUUCUAUGACUCCAGAUUAGUGUACUUAAAAAAUAAUAAAGAUGGUGACUUUGUACUUGAUUUCUGCAUAGUGGGCAAAAACAUUUAAAACAACUAAUGUUGUAACUCAAGUUGUGACUCUCCUUCUUUCAUUUUUUCCUUCUCAAACCAGAUUUUAUUUCCUAGUGGUGCAUUUAAAAAAUUCCACAAUGUGAGCAAGUCAUUUCUGAAAAUAUUUAUUUUUAAGAAAAAGCUUUUGUACAGUAGACACAAUGUGUUGUAGAUAUAUUGCAAAGCUGUUUUACUUUUCAUGUGAUUCAAAGUGGGCAGCAUCUGGUAUGGUAGCGCUGUGGUCUCACUCACAGGCCUUUCUGUGUGGAGUUCGCUUGUUUUCCCCGUGAUUGCAUGGGUUCUCUCUGGGUACUCUGGGGUCCUUCCACAGUCCACAGAAAUGCAGUUACUGGUGUUAGGUUAACUGGUGACUCUAAAUUGCCCAUAGAUGUGAGUGUGUCCGUAGUGAGUGUGUGAGUGUGUCCUGACACAGGUUGGCAACCUGUCCAGGGUGCAUUCAGCCUUUCACCCUAUGGUAGCUGGAAGAGGUCCCAGCCCCCCCACCACCCUGAUAAGAAUGAGCGGAAGAGAAUGGAUGGCUAGAUGUUUAAAAGUUUCUUUUAAACAUUUUUGAGUUGUGUUUUUGAACAUGUGAUUGAAGUAACAGAAGAAAAGUGGAACUGUGACGAAGCAGAGGGAAGUGAGACGAUUAAAAAGAAAGUCAAUAAUAGCUUUAGUCACGACUCUGUCUUGUGCACAGAGGUAAUUCUGAAAGUUAGAUGAAUGGAAACUGUACAGUGUUGUUGCCCACAGCUUGCAAUAUGUGGUUUUUGUUUUUGUCUUUUUUUUUACCAUGAGAAAUGCAUCAAAAGUAUUUCACCCAUCCUGUGUGUAUCUUACUGUUACUUAAGAGGGAGAGUGGGCUGAGACUUUUAUGGCAGUCAAAUAUUAUGAACAUGGAAUCUGGUUAAUAUCAAUCCAUAGCAACCAGCUCAUAAAACACAGCUCCAGAGUAUUUACUCAGCUGCUUACACAUCACUUGGAUACCUCUGUGUACAAUAAAACUGUUUAUCUGAAACCUGCUGUUCCUUAUGUUUAAUAACAUUUCUGCCAUAAAAACAUCGUAAAAGCUACACAUUAGAGUAGCUGCAAUGAUGUGCACAGUGGUUUUUGUAAAUAACUGAAGUAUAAGAUAUGACUUUGUAAAUAGCACUGUAUAUGGGAUUAUAUUGAUAAAGGUUCAUUUUGAAGUGUCAUUGUACAAAGGUCUGGAAUAUGUCUGUGCUUUAAGAAACACAGUGUUCAUUAAAA